AGCUAAUACUACAUCCUUGAUAGCUUCUCCUGCUUCAUUUUCGGCAAGUUGCUUGGCAUAUUGAAACUGCAUCGCGAGUAGUUCUUCGACAGUGAAGCUGUCUGUAGGUGUGUGUAGAGCCAGAGUACCUCUAUCAGUUGGUGACCAUUUUGCGGCGCUCCAUAUGCUGUUCCAGCGAGAAAAGGAGUCAGAAUGCUCUGACUUCCCGAGAAGCAGUUUGAGGUUAGAGAAGCUGCUUUCAGGGUUUCUAUUACUAUUCUGCAAAGCUUGUUUACCGAAGAGCCUCUCUGUAUUCUUAAAUCCGACGGUGGAUUGCAACUUCCGUGAGCUGUCCUUAUCCAGCACAACAUCGAGAUUUCCGGAACCGAUGAGGCCAAUUUUAAUAGAGUCGCUACCGAGGUCUAAGCUUAGAAUAGCUGCGUAGACGCUAGCGACUAUCGCGAGUAAAAUGAUAGACACUCUCAUCGACGUAUAACUUAGAAAGCUACUGUCAUGUCAGCUAACCAUCUGAGUUUGGUGGCAGAUAUAAAAAAUAAAAAUCUAAAUUUGAACGUUAUAAAGCAGCUUUUAGUUUUUAUCAAUGCCCAUUUGUCUAAUUCUGACCUAAAUAGCGCGUCUAUACACAUCAACACUAGCAUUUUGUUAGAUACCCAGGAGGAUGAUAUCGGCUUUGGGGAUAUCAGCGAGCGCUUUAUACGAUACGUCAAUAACUAUUACGUUGGAUGCAGGAAUGAUGUUAGUACUGCCUCGAGUACGCUUGCCAGCACACUCGCUCAGUCUCUCUGCCACGUAAAUAGGAAAAUCGUACAAGAGUCAAAGUCGACUUUCCGGAUUCUCGUCGUUGCGGCAUCAGACGACGUACCUCCAGAGUACGUCAGCUUGAUGAACAGCAUCUUCGCAGCCCAGAAAAGCAAAAUUGUCAUAGACGUAGUACAAAUAUACAACUGCAACACUAUUUUCCUACAGCAGGCCGCGCACCUGACUGGAGGCAACUUCAUACAAGCCACAGACCCAGAAAGCCUGGUGCAGUACCUCAUUAUGGCUUUCCUUCCGUCUCAGCCGCUCAGAGCUCGCUUAGUCCAGCCUCGCUCCGAUAAGGUUGACUUCCGGGCCGCCUGCUUCUGCCACAAACGCAUAGUAGACAUUGCUUACAUAUGCUCCGUCUGUCUUAGUAUCUUCUGCCAGCCACCACAGCGAUGUUCAACUUGCAAUAGCGUCUUUCCAGCCAAGACGCUGCAGAAAUUCACUGGAAGCUUACAGACACACUCACAUGCUCCAUUCCAACCAUCCAGUUUGAGGGAAUCACUGUAACAUCCUUUGUUUGUACAUUAUGCAUUGCAUUAUAAUUAUUUUAUACAUUUUCUAUAAAGUUACCAGCAUUCUUCUACGAUUCUGCCCUGUUUUUCGAGUUGCUCAACUGUAUGCAUUGCUGUCUCAUUUGGUAUAUUCUCUAAACGCUCUAUGAUUGAUCCAAUGGCCUUCUUAACAGCUUUCGGCAUCUGGCCUGAACUACCACUUAUAAAAAGGUAUCCGGCACGUUCGAUGAGCCAAUUAUACACCCUCUUACCAUCUUUCUGAAGGAUAUGCUGUACAUAUUCUUUAUUUCCCUCUUUGUCGUCACGACUGUGUGCAAUUUUAUAGACCAGUUCGUCGCUCUUGUUGAAUUCCUCAGCGUAGAGCUCAUCCAUGGCUGACAUUCUGCAUCCAAAGUAGAGUGCUGUGUGGGAUGCGCCCAUAGCUUUUCUUUUCUGUACUAGUGCACGCAUAGGUGCUACGCCAGUACCUGGACCGACGAGCAGAAGUGGCUUGUUGGGGUCCUUCGGCGCAUGAAUUGUGCCCUCCUCGACAGAUAUGUCGAUGGUAGCACCUUCAGCGAGGCUCUCUAUCCAUGUGCUACAAACGCCUUGACGGGGUUUGACCAAUUUCGUCUUGUACUUCACUAGUGCGACGCAAAGCUCAAUUUUAGUGGGAUGUAAACCAGCAAUACUGAAUUUACGAGGGCGCAUAACGCUAAAUACAUCGAGAAUGUAUUCCACAGGUACGCGUACACUCUUGAAAUCAGCCAGUACUUCAGCAGCUGUCCUUCGCACGCGUGUGCAAUAUUCGAACAAAUCGUCAGCACCCUCGACACUGAGAAAUUCCCUCAGGCGGUCCUUUUCGAGAUUAUUGCUAGUGAAAUGGGCGAGGAAUUCAAAAAAUGUCGUACGGGGUACACUGAAUGGCGAUAAAGAGUAUGUGAGUAAUGACCGGAUUGUCGUUGGACGAUUGAUGUAUUCUUGUAGCCGGUGUGGGACAGUACCAGUUAGCUUCAGAGGUGUAUCAGCGUGGGUUUCCCAUCUAAGCAAACGAAUGAGCUCGUCGACUGCAUCUGGAUUGUUGGAUGGCGUGAGAACUGCAACAUCCCCAGCGUCGUAUGUGAGCGAAGGAGGUUUGUCAAGAAUAAUGUGGCGAACAUCUUGCCACCACUCUUCGCUUGUUAUCCUGUCGCUGCGCCUGAGUGUGCAUUGAUGGCUACCUUCAACAGCUGUCGGCUUGUCAUCCUUCACUUGUGCUUCUUCACCUGGCAAGAAACGUAAUCCCACUCGCGGUGCAGGCAAGUAGUCAUCUGGAAGACGUUCUAAACCAUCUCUGAGUGGACAAACAACUUGCAAGGCCUCAAAGAGACCUUUCGACCAUGGGAGGAACACCCCAUCGAAGCCCAUGUAAUGUCUUUCAUCGCCAUCUCCGCGCGGGACAAGCAUCUGUGCGCCCAAACUCUGCAAGCGUCUGCUGAGUGAUUUCGCAGCCCAAUUGAACCUCGCAUAGCCAGAAUCUCCCAGACCGAAUACAGCGAAAGUGAGAUCUUCUAAAAGGUCAGCCGGAAGCGUGCUAUUUAGUAGUAGACGCCAGAGAGGACGGAAUGACUUGUUGUGUUCUCCGUUCCCGGUUGUGGAAACGACGAAAAUGACGAUGGGGGAGUUAAGGAGAGUGUUCACAUCAAAAUCCUCUACAUCGUAGACAUGCACCAUCCAGCGCCAGCGUUCGGCUUCUCUGUGCAGCCGCUCAGCUAUGUCCUGUGCAUUCCCCGUCUCCGUGGAGUACACGAUUACCAAUUCCCGUUCAUCUGCGUCGUCCAAUCCGAGAUUCUUUAUCUGAUCAUCGAGAUAAGUCAUC